AUGGCAACGUCCGCAGUGUACUACAAGUUUCGUUCUCAAAAAGAGCCACAGAGAAUCACUUUCGAUGGGACUGGAAUUAGCGUUUGGGAAUUGAAACGCGAGAUUAUCUUGCAGAAUAAAAUGGGCGAAGGCAGUGGAUUCGAUUUGGCCGUGUACGAUGCCGACACGGACGAAGAGUACAAAGACGAUAAUUACAGUAUUUCACGAUCAUCGCAUGUGACUGUACGCCGUUUGCCUCCAUCGAAACCCGGGCGCGGCACAGCACAGAUGUACGUCUCGGACCUGCAUACUCCGGCUGCCGCAGCUCCGGAACCUGCGUCAAGUAGCGCCAACAGCAGUGGCAACGCACUUUAUCGUGGCCCUAUGACGAAACGCUUUGAUGUGCACGACCAAAAUGUACCGCAGCAAGUGGCAGUACCGGCGGAGGGCAAUGCGAGCGGCACCGAAGCGGCGCGCAUCGCUGCCAUGUUCCAAGCAACUACAGAGCAAUGGGACGAGACACAAGAGCGUAUGGCGCAUGCAAAGUACCGCGAAAGAAGCGGUGCACCUCGCAGGGCGCCUCCGGCGCGCCAAGGAGGAGACUAUGCACCGCCAGCCGUCGAGCGACCUCCCCCUCCUGCAGGUUACAUCUGCUACCGCUGCGGCCAGAAAGGGCAUUGGAUUCAAGAAUGCCCCACAAAUGACAACCAGGACUAUAAUAACAGACCGCGGUUCAAGCGCACAACGGGUAUCCCGAAAAGUAUGCUCAAAACCGUGGAGCAGUCUUCUGCGGAACAGAUGACCGGCGUGAUGGUCACGCCCGAUGGCUCUUACGUGGUUGCGACUCCGGAUAGCUCGUCGUGGGAUCGAAGUCGUGCUCGGUCGCGUCCUUUGUCCAAGACGGACUUGUAUCAGUCUGCACCGUCCGACCCUGCGUUGGCCUGUCCAUUGUGCUCCAAGCUGAAGCGCGAUGCAGUCAAGUCGCUGUGCUGCGACACUUCAUUUUGCGAAGAGUGUGUGCAGACAUAUUUGUUUGAGCACGAUUUCACGUGUCCUGAAUGCGAGAAACAUAUCCCUGAUUUGGAGACGCUUAAGAUUGACGACGUGAAGCGCAAGCAGGUGCGCGAGUACAUCGACAAGACGAUUGAGCGCAGUGAGCAGGCAUUUGAGCAAGGAGAAGGUGCUGACGAGGAGGCGGCGCAGCUCGCGACUGAAGCUGCAGCCGAUGCAUUGCCCAGCGCAGAAAAAGCGGAGGAGAAGCCCGUUGAGCAGAUAGCAGAAGUGUCAUCGACGCUGGACAAGGCGCCGACAAGUACGAGCGAGGGAGCAAAUGAGCAGGCCCCUGAUGCUUCUGGGUUUAAUCCCCAAUUUGUGCAGCAGCUUGCGAUGAUGCUCCAGAAUCCGAACUUGCCGCCGCCGAUGCGGAUGCAAAUGCAAAUGCAGCUUCAGUUUCAGCAAAUGCUGUUUUUCCAAAUGUUUUCAUCAAGUGGGCAAGAUGGGAAGGCUGGGGAGAUGCCGGGGAUGCCGGGGAUGCCGGGAAUGCCGGGAAUGCCAGGAAUGCCAGGAAUGCCAGGAAUGCCAGGAAUGCCAGGAAUGCCAGGAAUGCCAGGAAUGCCAUCUAUUCCUCCUGUACACUCACACGAUUCAAAACGUGAGCGCGAUGAUUUCGGUGGGCGUGAGCCAAAGAUACCGCGUAAAACUCGAUAA